GUCUAACUAAAUUGCCAAAACGUUUCUCUCGCGAAAUGAGUAAACGAAAAGCGAAAAACAAAGAUGACAGCCAAGACGGAAGCACAAAUUCGGAAGAUACAAUUGAGGCGGGCACGCCACACGAUACAAUAAUCCAGUCAUCAGCAACGUCAAUAAUGGAAAAUAUGCGGCAAUACAUGGACCAGCAACUGGAAGUGCAGAGAGAAUGGAGCUUGAGAUGCAUAGAGACGAUUAAUCAACGUUUUGCGCAGUUAGAACAGACCAAUUUGAUAGGUAAUGGAAGUAACAUCAAUCGACCCAGAGAUAACGAACCACCAACAAGACAAAACCCUGAGACCAGCAGAACGCGCACAACGCAAACAACCGGCACAGAUCACAAUACAGAACAAGGAGAAGGUAACUAUCCGUCAACUCCGAUAAUUAAUAGCUUAAUCGCAAAAACCAAUUCAGGAAAUACCCUUUCGCGAGAGACAGAGUUAGACGAUGUCAAAUCAGUGAAAUACAAAAUCACCAACAGAAAAUUCCCCGCAUUGAGCUAUGUGUCAUUAAAACCAUUGUCAGACGUACAAGGAAUGACCAAUAAAGAGGCCAUUGCAACCGAACAAAUUCGGAGAUGGUGGGUCCUGAACUGGAACGAGGGUCAGAAGAUUAUUGAAUUAUUACCACUCAAACCAAGCUUACCAAACAAAACAUGGAA